AUGGCACAGAUGCGCAAGCCAUUCGAGAACCGCAAUAAGAACACACUAUACUAUACAUUGUCCAUCAUCCUCGGCACUCUCGCGGUCAGCUACGGCAGUGUUCCUCUCUACAAGACUAUCUGUCAACAGACUGGAUGGGGUGGUCAACCCAUCAAAUCCGCUGCACACGCUUCGCCCGACGAUGAGGCUUCCGUCGCCGCAAAAUUGACUCCUGUCACGACCUCUCGACGGCUGCGCAUCACCUUUGCGGGCUCAACCUCCGACAUUCUUCCCUGGAAGUUCACGCCUCAGCAGCGCGAAGUUCGCGUCCUCCCAGGAGAGACAGCGUUAGCAUUCUACACCGCGACGAAUCAGAGUAAAGAUGAGGACAUCAUUGGUGUGGCGACGUACAGUGUCACACCGGCCCAGGUUGCGCCAUACUUUAGCAAGAUCCAAUGCUUCUGCUUCGAGGAGCAGCGGCUGAACAAAGGCGAGACGGUUGAUAUGCCCGUAUUCUUCUACAUCGAUCCCGAUUUUCUCAAGGAUCCGAACAUGAAGGGUAUCGAUACAAUUACCCUCAACUACACCUUUUUCAAGGCCAAAUACGACAAGAAUGGACAUCUUUCACCAAUGCCGAUGCCAUAUUAG